AUGGAGAGGAUUAUCGAAAGGACCACCAUGAAGUUUCUCGAAGAAAAAGACUUGUUUGACGGUUCCCAACACGGAUUUCGAGGAGCCCACUCCUGUCUGACCAAUAUGCUUUAUUCAGUUGAGCUGUGGUCUGGGUUAUUAGACGAAAAUACCAACGCGGAUGUAGUUUACAUCGACUUCAAAAAAGCCUUUGGUGGUGUCCCGCACCAACGGCUACUCUACAAGGUUGGAAUUUAG